UUUAUUAGCACUUACGAUUUCUCUCUUCAACACAGACCAAAACUUGUGUGUAAACUUGAAUCAUGGUUACUCCUGUCGUUCGACGCAUUUCAGAAUGCUUCGUCAAACCGCAUGGUUUAACCCAAGUUACAAACCAAAUAUGCAAUUUAACACCUUGGGAUAUUUCUAUGUUGUCUGUGCACUAUAUCCAAAAGGGUCUUCUCUUCAAGAAGCCUGAAACCCAUGUUGAUGAACACGAUUUCGUGCAAAAUCUGUUGGAGAAGCUCAAACACUCUCUUUCACUCACCCUUUUUUAUUUCUAUCCAUUGUCUGGUCGCCUUGUUACCCACAAAACCCAAAACCCUCCCUCUUAUACUGUUUCUGUUGAUUGCAAAAACAGUGAUGGAGCUAGAUUCAUUCAUGCAACUCUUGAUGUCACCAUAUCUGAACUACUCUCCCCAGUUGACACCCCAUCCAUUUUUCACUCAUUCUUCGACCACCACAAAGCAGUCAACCAUGACGGUCACACCAUGCCGCUGUUGUCCAUCCAAGUCACCGAAUUGAUCGAUGGUGUUUUCAUAGCUUGUUCCAUGAAUCACUCCGUCGGUGAUGGCACUUCGUAUUGGAAUUUCUUCAAUACAUGGUCUCAGAUCUUUGAAGCACAACCUCAAGCCCAAGAAUAUGAUGUUCCCAUUUUGCGCCAACCCAUUCACAAUCGCUGGUUUCCAAAUGAUUGCAGUCCACCAAUCAAUCUUCCUUUCAAACAUCACGACGAGUUUAUCAGGAGGUAUGAAGCGCCCUUGCUGAGAGAGAGAAUCUUCCACUUUUCAGCAGAGUCGAUAGGAAAACUGAAAGCAAAGGCAAACUCAGAGUCCAACAGUAAUACGACGAAAAUCUCUUCGUUCCAGUCAUUAUCAGCACUUGUUUGGAGAUCAAUAAUUCGAGCAUGCUCCCUACCAUAUGAGCAAAAAACACGUUUCGACUUAACUGCAAACAAUCGGUCAAGAAUGGAGCCACCUCUGGCUCAUGAAUACUUUGGAAACUCGGUUGAUAAGUUGAGUGCGGAAACGACAGUUGGGGAAUUACUUGAGAAUGAUCUAGGAUGGGCUGCAGGGAAGUUGCACCUUGCUGUUACAAGGCACAAUGACAGAGAGGUGUUGCAUUUACUCCAAGAGUGGUUACAGACUCCAGUGAUCAAGCACACAAGUCAGCCUUUGGAGCCGUACGUUGUGUUGAUAAGUAGCUCACCAAGGUUCAACAUGUAUGGGAGUGAGUUUGGAAUGGGGAAAGCAGUGGCAGUGAGAAGUGGAUAUGCCAACAAAUUUGAUGGGAAGGUCACAUCAUUUCCAGGUCGUGAAGGAGGGGGAAGCAUCGAUUUGGAAAUCUGCCUUUUACCACAUAUAAUGACCUCUCUUGAAUCAGACAUAGAGUUUAUAAAUGCAGUUUCCUAGUUGUCAUUUCCAAUCCUAUAAAAUAUUCUAAGUCUGUCAAGCAUUUAUUUUUAAAAAAUUAUUAAUAUUAUUGAAAGGA